UUUUUAUUAUAAUUUAUAAUAACAAAUUUUUAAUAAUAUUAAUAAAAAAUACAUAAAAUGGCUCGAGCUCGACAAGCUCCGCUCGUUCGAGCUCAUAAAAACAAUACUCCAUGAGCUGGAGAAAUUAAAUAAAUUUAAAAAAAAAAAAGAAAAUUGGCAAACAACAAUAUCGAACAUUUUUUGUGAUUAACUAUAUUUGAUCACUUCCUUUUCUUCUUCUUUCCCUUGACGUCAUCAUCGUCGUCAUCACUACAAUCAUCAUCGUCAUCACUACAAUAAUAAUCGUUAUCAUCAUCAUCAUCGGACGGCUGAGAAGGAUCGAGUCUGGCAGCAUCAAUUGCCCACUUCAUCACCUUCUCAACUUCAUCCUCGCUCUCUUCUUCUUCCUCCGCCGCCGGCUGAUUGGCCGGAGCAUCGCCACUCAAAUUGCUUUUGCUUUCGCUCUUGUUGUGGGACGGAAUUGUGUUCUUCAGGGCCGUAAAUCUGGCGAACAGAUCGUCGUCCGACGCGCCGUCGACUCUACUGCCACCGGAGUCUACUUUCGCCGGUACCGAUUUCGUAGGAUCGUCGACUUUUGGUGGCUUUUGGGGUUUUCUUAGGGCGAGGAAGCGGCGGUCCAGAUCUGGAUCGAUGGCGGCGGCAGAGGAGCCUCGUGCCAUGUGCGAGUUGAGAUUGAGUUUCAGGAGCAUAUCGUCCUGCGCCGCCCGGAGUAGCUGCUCCACCUCAUCGUCGUCGGCGGCUUUUUUCUUCCCUGAAUUGCUCAUCCGAUGCUUUCAAAUGAUUUUUAGUGUGAAAUUCAAAAUCAAAUAUCCGAUUUCCGUCGAUUCCGAUCUGGAUAUAUCCGAUUUUGGAACGAAUUUUUCGAAACCAACAAUUGAAGAUGGCGGGCAGACUGCUCAAUCGAAUCGAAUACGACGCCGUAUCUUCCUUCUUCUCGACAGGCUUUCUGCUCAAUCGAUUCUUCUUCUUCUUCGUUGGCAUAUCUCUUCCAACAAAAGCUCUUCAAAUCAGUCAAUGAUGUUUUAUUAUUACGGUGGUUUUGUUCAUGGAAGGACUGGAUGUGUCGUCUAUGGUUUGCCGUCGGGCUCGACCGAUGAGUCCCUUCGUCGCGCCUUUUCUCCGUUCGGAGUAGUCGUAAGAGCGAUGAUUGCAUUCAAUCGUCGCACCAAUCAGGAUAUUGGUACGGUGGUGUUUGAGGACGACGCAUCGGCGAGGGAAGCUGUCAAGAGGAUGAACUUAGAGGAGAUUGACGGUCACCAAAUCACCGUUAAAGAGUCUCGAUUUCCCGAGUUCCCCCGCACCGAUCCUCUCAGUCCUGAAGAUUAUGCUCGUUUAGGACGACUUGGAUGUGUCGUCUACGGUUUGCCGUCGGGCACGACUGAUGAGUCCCUUCGUCGCGCCUUUUCUCCGUUCGGAAAAGUCGUCAGAGCGAUGAUUGGGCUCACUCGUCCCACCAAUCAGAAUAUUGGUACGGUGGUGUUUGAGGACGAGACAUCGGCGAGGGAAGCUGUCGAGAGGAUGAACUUAGCGGAAAUUGACGGUCACCAAAUCACCGUUAAAGAGUCUCGGUUUCCCGAGUUUCCCCCCGGCAGUAGCCCCCGUCCCGGUUAUCAGAGGGCUUCUACUUCUGCUUCUGAUUCUGGUGAUUUUGGACCACUUGGAUGUGUCGUCGAUGGUUUGGGGUCGGGCGCCACUGCUGAGUCCUUUACGCGCGCAUUUUCUCAGUUCGGAGAUGUCAUCCAUGCGAGGAUUGGGAGGGAUGCUGGUUGUGGAAAGAAACUUGGUAUGGUGGUGUACGAGGAUGAGCGAUCGGCGAGGGAAGCUAUCGAGAAGAUGAACGGAAAGGAGAUUGACGGCUACCGUAUCACCGUUAAAGAGUCUCGGUAUUCUCAGUUUCGCCGCCGUGCGGUGGUUGAAUAGGGUGUAGUUGGUUAUAUUUUUACCUAUCUUUAUGAAUAGAUGUUUGUUUAAAGUAGAAAUUGAACUUGAAUUUUAUAAUUUCAUGUAUAUUUUAAUCUAUUUCAUAACUUGAAUGCUCAAAUUUCAUGGA